AUGCCGAUGUCCCCACUCGCUCCCAUCUCACCAUGGCCACCUGAAGAACCGAGCGCCCCGUAUCUCGACCUCCCGGUAGCUAAGGAGGUUUACGGUCUGCUGGCGGUGUUGCUCACCUACCUUGCGUUUGGGGCGUACCUCGUCUGGGCGUUUGCGCCGUCACAUUGGCUCGACGCUGUGGGAUGGACAUGGUACCCGUCCAGAGAAUGGGCAAUCAUCGUGCCCUGCUGGCUCAUGAUGGUGGUGCUGCUCACGUACUGGAGCUAUACGGCGCUGACGGCGUUCCUAAUCCCUGCGUUUCAGAGCCCGUCCAUCAUUACCGAUGAGCGCUCGAAUAUGCCACGGGAAGUACCCGGCGCUGCGCCGUAUUACUGGAAGUUUGCGGAGGCGGACGCCGUGCCCGAGGCGGUCGACUUACCGAUCGACCUUGUCAACCGCGUGCUCUACCCGCCGCGCAGUCGGACGCGGCCCAGAAGCUGA